ACGCCGAGGCACCUGAGGAGGAGGAGCAGGAGGCCCCCGCCGACGACGUCGAGGAGGAGUCCGCUGAGGACGCCGAGGAGGACGAGGAUGAGGAGGACGAGGAAGAGCCCGAGGACGUAAGUCAGCCCCGUUAACCCGACCGACAGCGGCAUUGCGUCAGCGAGUGGCACGCGCGCGGUCCAAAGUGUUCACGACCAGUGAAUGCGGGGCGCGCCAUGCCUUGAGCCGCUGCGCUGAAGGUCCCAACGCUGACAUGAAGCAAGCACCCGCUAUCCGUGAGGACUGCGAGGCCAACGAGUGCCAGGACGCCGCGAAGCACUUCAAGCACUGCGCCGACAAGAUCGAGGCCGGUAAGGGCUGGGAGGGUGAGGACUGCGUUGAGGAGCUGUUCCACGUGAUGCACUGCGUCGACGCCUGCGCCGCCCCCAAGCUCUUCAAGAAGCUCGCCUAAGCAGCCUUAGGACUAGAGUGGGA